CUUAAACAUGCUGUCUUAAUUGCUGGUUAAUUAUUCACUCCUAUUAAUUGCUGGUUAAUUAUUCAUUCUUUUUCAUGGCGCACACUCAAGUGAAACUUUCGAAGUGAAAUAAUAUCUUUUUCUUACCUACUCUAUAACUUAUCAGUUUAGUACAGUACAUUGGUACCUGACAAUAAUUAUUUGAUUUCUACAGCGAAUGUCUACUGCAGUAUUAGAAGGUCUUGUUGCUACAGAUCUAUCACUGGUACGGUAAUAGUGUGCAUUUUGCGCACCGUGACCUUCUCAAGGAUACCAGCAGUAUUCCAGCAUAAUGUAGUGCGUACAGUGUACACAGGAAGUUCGCGAUAUCGUUUAACAUACCUCACUCACAAUGGGUAAGAAGAAACCCGCUCCUGCUUUAUCAACCCUCUCCUGCGCUACUUUCGACUCGCCCGAUCAGCAUUGAAACCUCCUAGUUAUCCACAUUUUAUACUGGUCUUACUGUCGCAAUGGGCGACGCUGGGGGCGACACCGCCCUGCCGGGCUUCCUGCAGACGACGUUCGGGUAUGUGGAGGAUGUGUGGGUGAAGGGACCAGCGCUGCUGUCGGACUACGCCAGUCUGGCCCGCGACACCUGGAAGGCCUACACGGACUCGCAGUCCAAACGCUUCGAGAACCUCCCCGCGGACCAGCAGCAGAAGCUGAUGAACUCCGGGCUGGACGGGGCGGUUAUCUUCCUUCUGAUCACGCUGGUCUCCCGCGAGAUACUGGAUCGGUUCGUCGAACCGUUUAUUGUCACGCACACGCAGCCACCGGGAAAAGGGGCCAAGCCGGCGUUGUUGACCUUUCAGCAAGCCAAGUGGAUAUUCACCAGCAUCAUUCUACUGUCCAUCUGGCAUUCCAACAGUCACAUGUUCUUUGACUUUGGCGCCCCCGUCGAUCUCGGCCUGUUGGUCGUCGCGGUGGCCGCUGGACUGGGCACCAUGUACCAGACGACCCACUCCCCGGCCGCCUCCGCCAUCUUCCUCCUCAUCCCGCUCCUGGCCCUGGCCCCCGUCUCCGUCACCGUGGCGGCCAUGCAACAAGGCCCCUUCUUCACGGACCCCACCCACUUUCCCUGCUACCUGGCCGGCAUCACCGUGGCCACCGCCCUCUACUUCCUGUACGACGCCCCGGCCACCCCCGUCAUCCAUCCCGGGGACACCCACCCCACGCCCUUCUGGACGGCGCUCCGCUCCGAACUAGCCGCCCUCCGGACCGCCCACGCUGUUCCAGUGGCGGGAAUGAAGAAGGGCGCCCCGCCCCCCAAGAGCCCGCACCGCGGGGACCACCCAACUGCUCCGUCUGCCACCGGGGGCAUCCGCAACGCCCUGGUCGGACCGGUAUACAAGGUGGCCGGGCUGGUGCAUGUCGUGUACCAGGCGGUGAUGAACGCGGUGUGGAUGAUCCUGGGGAAGAUCCCGGUGCUGGGCGGUUACGUGUACGCGGGGACCCCGGUGAAAGGACGGGUCGCGGCGCGGCCGAUCACGGCGUCCCGGUCCGGCGCGGCGGCGACCCCGCCGAAACUGUCCAAUCGGGUGUCCAGACGACGGGAAGAGGAGUAGUGGGGAGAAGCUUUAAAGGUCAUUUCGCAUUGUGUUUCUGUGAUGCUGUCGCUUUCUCGUAUGUGAUGCCCCGCAAUGAAGCGCAAUAAAAGAAUUAUUUUGAACAAUCUCCCAGAUGAGAUCUAACAAUCAUAUUCCACGUACAAGUAAAAAUAUGUGGGUACCAAUAAACUACGGCGUUUAUAGUUCACAGUCGCUGUAAAAUCUGAUCGAUUUUAAUGUUACGAUUGUGUUAAAAAAUGUCACGAUUG